UUUCAAAACUGAUGUCUGCUAUGUGUGGGUAUAGUUUGCAGUGUAUCCUUGAAGUUGAAGCUCAAACAUUUUCUGUUCUUUCUAUUUGUCUUGAUUCUUUAUAGAUUAUGUAGUUAUGGUUUUAUGUUGUAAUGCGUACAACAGCAGUUUUAUUUUUAAAUUUUACAGGUGCGGCACAGAACAUCAGGCCAAAUAAUGGCACUUAAGAUGAACAAACAGACCAGCAACAGAGCAAAUAUGUUGCGGGAAGUACAAUUAAUGAAUCGUCUUUCUCAUCCCAACAUUCUCAGGUUUAUGGGAGUUUGUGUUCAUGAAGGCCAACUGCAUGCCUUAACUGAGUAUAUUAAUAGAGGCAACCUUGAACAAUUAUUGGACAGCAGUGAUCAUCUCUCCUGGCGCGUUAGAGUCAAAAUAGCACAUGAUCUUGCCUGUGGACUCAGCUACCUGCACUCAAAGGGUGUCUUUCAUCGGGAUUUGACUUCUAAGGUUCAGUAUAUGGAGGGAGAAAUUAAAAAUAAUUGCUAUUUAAUCCUUAGGGUGUUAAUUCAAUCUUGCGAUCCUUGGGAAACAGUAAUUAACAUUUAUUAAGACUAUUUCACAAUAAUUUAAUAACUAAUGGAGCAGAAUCAAUUCAUAGGAAAUACAUUUUUGCCAAGUCUAAUUUUUUUGCCAAACAUAAUUUAAGCACAUGUUGAUGAAGUCUUACUCGAUAUAGGGGAGUAUGUACCUUGGCAUUUAGUACACUAGAAUCAUCAUUACAUUGAAAAUGCGUGGUACUGUAUAUAAUGGUAUACCCCAACAUUACGUAAAACUGGAUAUCAUUAGCUUGCGCUAUUACCUUGCUUUUUCUCUAACUUUCCCAAUCUUCACUCAAGAACCUUCUACCAACUGUUCAGUUUUUAGCGGAGAAAAAUUCACUCAUGCUAUAAUAUUCAGUUUGAUGUAUAGUUGGGGUACACCAUUAUAAUUUGUAGGACCCCCAACAAUUCCCCUACAGGGCAGAGUAUACAUUAAGA